AUGGAUGCCUCCCAACCCUCACCGGAUUAUGUACUGGAAAGGCUCUCGCCGCUGGUUAUGGGAGGAGCUGGAUUCAGUUACCAACUUCAUCCUAAGCCUGAGUCCCUACCGGUCCGCCGCACUAUCAAAAGAGCGUUUGAUCUUGGUCUGAGAGCAAUCGAUACCUCGCCGUACUAUGAACCCUCCGAACAGUUGAUCGGUGCAGCCUUGCGCCAUCCUGAGAUCACAUCCUCAUACCAGAGAAGCGACUACGUUCUCAUGACUAAAGUUGGACGAAUACGUGAGAACUAUUUUGAUUAUUCGCCUGAUUGGAUUCGAAAAUCUGUGGCACGAUCGCUGCAACGUUUUGGCACAAGCUACCUCGACGUGGUGUUCUGCCAUGAUAUUGAGUUUGUCAGCGUCGAGGAGGCUCUCCAGGCCGUGAAAAUACUUUAUCAACUAGCGAAUUCGGGAAUCAUUCGCUGCGUUGGGAUAUCUGGAGCCAGUAUCAAUGUCCUUGAAAAAGUUGCGUCGCAGGCUCGUACAAAUUAUGGCCGUGCCGUGGAUGUUGUUCAGGUCUGGGGCCAACUCACACUUCAAAACACUCGGCUUGAGCAAGGAGGCCUAGAUGCAUUUCGAAUAGCAGGAGUCAAAGCUGUUUGCAACUCCAGUCCGCUAGGGAUUGGACUGCUCAGAAGCGGCGGGGUGCCUGUCGGCGCGUUGGGGAAUUGGCAUCCCGCGCCUCCGGGGCUGCGAGCUGCGUGCCAGGAGGCGGCAGACUGGGUUAAGGGUGAGGGCGAUACCUUGGCGUCUGUCGCCUUACGAUUCUCAAUGUCCAGAGCCCAAAGGGCGUGCCGACCUGGCUUCCGUGUCACUACAAUCACCGGAGUUGUUUCUGAGUCCGACCUGGAAGAAAACGUACGGACGGCGAAACAGAUCCUGCAAAAGCCUAUCGCCACGUCCUCGAGUUCAGGAAAGGAUUCUUCCGGCGACUUGCUCUUUCAUUAUGGUGGUCUUGACCAGGAGGCAGUUGGACACGAUAGACCACUUUAUGAUGGAGUCCAAAAAAUCCUGGGCGUCUGGCUUGACUACGACUUCUUUGGGGCACAGAAGCCCAGAGUCCAGAUCCAAGCCCAAGCCCAGAAAGAUGAAAAGGUGAUUUCAUCGACGAUAGAGCUCCCGAGUAGUGUAGCAUCUGCCAACUGUUGGCCUAGCCCGAAGAUGGUCUCGGUCCAGCGAUAG